AUGGAACCACAUACGGCUGCUCAAGAGAUACCAUUGAUUGAUGCGGUUGAGCGACAUGGCUACCUCUUCGGCCACCCGAUCGCGCAUUCCCUCUCCCCUCUCUUCCACCAAACCGUAUACGAUGGACUAGGCCUAAAGUGGUCGCAGUUCCUACUAGACUCGUUGGAUAUGAAGCUCUUCCUGAGACUGCGAGAGGAUCCAAGAUUUUAUGGCGCCUCCGUAACCAUGCCUCACAAGCUCGCCAUCCUGAAGCACCUUGAUGGCCUCACACCAGAAGCCGCGGCCGUAGGCGCCGUAAACACACUUUUCGUCCGAGAAGACUCUCAGACAGGAAAGCGUCUGUACAUGGGCACCAACACGGAUGUGGUUGGUAUACGAGAUUCAUUCUACCAGAAUAUUCCGGAUCCCGACUCCUGUUUCCACGAACGGCCAGCACUGAUAAUAGGAGGAGGUGGAGCGGCGAGGAGCGCUGUGUACGCGCUGCGGAUGUGGAUGAAAGCCAGUAGGAUAUACCUCGUCAACCGUGACCGAGCCGAAGUUAAAGCCGUAAUCGACGAGUGUACGGCACGAGGCUAUGGCGAUUCCCUGGUCGACGUAGCCACCGUCGAGCAAGCACAGCAGCUAGAGGGCGUAGGCGCAAUCGUCGCAUGCGUCCCGAACUUCACUCCCCAAACCGCUGAGGAGAUGGAGGCCCGUCGAGUGCUCGAAUGCUUCUUGCAGAAGCCGCACAAGGGAGCCAUACUAGAGAUGUGCUAUCAUCCGUCUCCGUGGACUGAGAUUGCUGAUAUUGGUCGGCGAGAGGGAUGGAGCAUCAUUUUGGGGACCGAGGCGAUGAUAUAUCAGGGAUUGGAGCAAGAUAAGUAUUGGACCGGGAGGGAAAUACAUGAGAUGCCGGUGAAGAAAGUGCACGGGGUGAUAGCGGCGAGGUUGAGCGAGGCGAGGUUGUAG